AUGGCAUUUUCCACUCGUAUUGUCAGUCUCGCAUUCAUUUCUUUCGUCCGAAGUGCAACGAGUCUUCCUGGGCCUCAAUCUAUUGGGUCGGAUUUGGCAAUAAUUACCCACAACGACCUCUAUGGUGAUUCGAGCACUCGACAAGCCGCGGCAAUCGUCCUAGGAAAAGAACAAACGUACAAACAAUCGCGGUCCAGCUGCGCGGAGCUGGGAGAGACCCUUUGGGCACUACCAGGUCCAUCUUCCGAUCUAUCCUUCCUACGUUACCUUGCCCAAGGCGGCCGCGCGAACCGGUCUGAGAUAUUCUGGGUGGACAGCCCUGUACGAUGCGAGGCAAUUGACGCAGAGGGUCAAGUCCAGAAGGUCAACUGUGAUGCGCGUCUACCCGCCUUGUGCUCCCAGUCUGCUACAUUGAGUACAAAAUCGGGAGCCGAUACAGAUCCCAAAUGGCAGAUAGUUGUGAGGUCAAGGAAUGGUAGUGUUGUAGGAUAUCGUGAUAGACUUUCGUUCCGCUUCCAGGGCAUCAGAUACGCCCCACAACCAGAAAGAUUUACGCAUUCCAGGUACUCGCCUCUGAGUGGAAAUAUUUCGGCACUGUCCUAUGGUCCGUCCUGUGUCCAGGCUGGGUGCAAUGGCAAUUUGUUCUGCAGUGAAGAUUGUCUGAACUUGAACAUCUGGACUCCGUACUUACCUAGCAGCAAAGGUACGAAAAGAAAGGCAGUGAUGGUUUGGAUACAUGGCGGCGGUUUCACGGGAGGAUCAGGGACUGACACAACUUUUGACGGCGGUAAUAUGGCAUCCAGGGGCGACGUUGUUGUCGUAACAAUCAAUUAUCGCCUCUCAACCCUUGGCUUCCUCGCUUUGGAUGGCACAGGUCUGACGGGAAAUUACGGACUUGCUGACCAGAAUACGGCCCUCGAUUGGCUUCGCGCCCACAUUGAAGAUUUUGGUGGUGACAAAGAUAGGAUAACUGUCUUUGGACAAAGUGCAGGGGCAGCAUCCGUUCGAGCACUACUCGCAUCACCACAGGCGGAUGGUAAGUUUUCCAGGGCAAUCAUGCAGAGCAAUCCUGGGGGAGCGCAGUAUGCAUCUAGCUUUACACGAUACUUGACUCUGCAAGAGGCCACGGAUAGAACAAGAGCCAUUUUGACGGAGAUUGGGUGUAGCCAAGCCGACAACACCGCACAGCUCGCUUGUCUACGGGAGCAGGAUCCAUUGAAGUUGGUAGGAUUGCGUAAUGGCAGUUGGUAUCCUGUGAUAGACGGGUCAUAUUUGCCGGAGAAGGAGUUACCCUUGGGCGAUACAGCUGCGAGGAAGAAAGUCGCGCUGAUGACAGGAGUGAUGAGGGAUGAUGGUGCACCAUUCUCCAAAUUCUCCACGAGCUCCAACGCAUCUCAAGCACUUACAGAGCAAGGCUUUGAUGCAUCGAGUAUUUUGAGGUCGGGCAAGUUCCCGUUGGUGCAAGCUGGCAACACCACGAUAAAUAUCUUCAAUCUGACUUCACGGGUUGCAACGGACGCUAUGUUUCGGUGCUUGGGGCAAUCAACAGCCUCUGUUGGAGCCGGGAACCAGAUCUUCCAGGGUACGUAUGCAUACGAAUUCGACCGAGCGUACCAGAUCGCAGAAUGGAGCCCAAAUCCUCCAACUUGUGAGGCGCCUGUCUCCGCAUCGAGGCCUUUUGGUGAUGUCCGUCAACCGUAUUUCAAAUGCCAUAGCGGUGAGCUCUAUUACGUCUUCGGGACGCUUAUUCGCCAGAAUCGGGUUCCCCGAGAUGAAGACGACAUUCCCUUUUCACAAUACAUUGUCGAUACAUGGACAGCAUUUGCAAGAGGGGGGGAUCCAAAUCCGAAUAUGGGCUUUUUGCGUGCACGAGGGUUCUUGAAUACCUCAUCUGCCAUAGAGCGGACGGAUCCCUGGUUGCCCGUUCAGCCCGGAGCAUCGACGCUUAGGAUCCUUGACAAGGAUGUCAGAAAUGAAGGCUUUCGAGAGCUUGAGCAAUGUGACGUGCUCGGCUAUCCCCUCGACUUCUUCCCUUCGUGAGUAGUGAGGAUUAUGGAAUCUGUAGAUAGUCUUGUCAUAAUAGGGCAUGCGUCCGAAACAAUGGAUCCCUUGUUGCAUAU